UUGUUCUUUCCCCCUCCCCCUCCCUUCCUCCCUCCCUCUUCUCCCCAAGAUGGCGGCACCGGCGGGCGACUGAGGGGAGCUGUUGGCCGAGAGCUGGGAAAGAUCAACCCUGGCUGCCGCGGGAAAGGGGAAAAAAAGACGACGUCCCCGCCUCGUGGGUUUUUUCCCCCUCCCUCUCUCUCUCUCUCUCUCUUGCCGCUUCCCUUUCGGCCCUCUAGGAGGAUGGUAAAAUGACCCAAGUGGGGAAGAAAAAGAAAAGGGCCGCCAACCGCAGCAUCUUGCUGGCUAAAAAGAUCAUCAUUAAGGACGGCGGCACGCCUCAAGGGAUAGGUUCUCCUAGUGUCUACCAUGCUGUCAUUGUUAUAUUUUUGGAAUUUUUUGCUUGGGGACUUCUAACAGCACCUACCUUGGUGUAAGUGUUGCAUGAAACCUUCCCAAAGCAUACGUUAAUGAAUGGCUUAAUUCAAGGAGUAAAGGGUUUGUUGUCUUUUCUGAGCGCUCCUCUGAUUGGAGCGCUGUCUGAUGUUUGGGGCCGAAAAUCAUUCCUGCUGCUAACAGUAUUUUUUACCUGUGCUCCGAUUCCACUGAUGAAGAUCAGUCCGUGGUGGUACUUUGCAGUUAUUUCUGUCUCUGGAGUCUUUGCAGUGACGUUUUCAGUGGUAUUUGCAUAUGUAGCUGAUAUAACCCAAGAACACGAAAGAAGCAUGGCCUAUGGCUUGGUUUCAGCAACAUUUGCUGCCAGUUUAGUUACCAGCCCUGCCAUUGGUGCCUAUCUUGGUCGAGUGUACGGAGAUAGUCUGGUGGUCGUCUUAGCUACAGCAAUUGCGUUGUUGGACAUAUGUUUUAUUCUUGUUGCUGUUCCUGAAUCACUGCCUGAAAAAAUGAGGCCUGCAUCAUGGGGAGCACCUAUUUCUUGGGAACAAGCAGAUCCUUUUGCGUCAUUGAAGAAAGUUGGUCAAGAUUCUAUAGUGCUGCUAAUCUGCAUCACGGUCUUCCUCUCCUAUCUCCCUGAGGCAGGCCAGUAUUCCAGCUUCUUCUUGUACCUCAGACAGAUAAUGAGAUUUUCAUCAGAAAGUGUCGCAGCAUUUAUCGCCGUCCUUGGGAUUCUCUCCAUUGUGGCACAGACGAUAGUUCUGAGUUUACUUAUGAGAUCGAUUGGAAACAAAAACACCAUCUUACUUGGUCUUGGAUUCCAAAUAUUGCAGCUUGCAUGGUACGGUUUUGGCUCCGAACCUUGGAUGAUGUGGGCAGCAGGGGCUGUAGCAGCCAUGUCAAGCAUCACAUUUCCAGCAGUGAGUGCCCUUGUGUCACGAACUGCCGAUGCCGAUCAACAGGGAGUUGUCCAAGGAAUGAUAACGGGAAUUAGAGGACUCUGUAAUGGUUUGGGACCAGCGCUUUGGUUUAUAUUCUACAUCUUCCAUGUAGAAUUGAAUGAAAAUCCAAUGAGUGAAAAUGAAGUCAAUGUGCCCCCCCAACACCAUUCACAGCAAAAUUCCAUCAUCCCUGGGCCCCCAUUUUUAUUUGGCGCAUGUUCAGUGCUGCUGGCUCUACUUGUUGCCUUGUUUAUUCCCGAACAUACCAAUUUAAAUGGUCGUUCUAGCAGCUGGAAAAAACACUGUGGUGGACAUGGACAUCCCCACAGCCCACAGGCCCCUGGAGAGGCCAAAGAACCUUUAUUACAGGACACAAAUGUAUGAUGACAAAACCCAAGGACUCAUAGAGCAAGUUUUAUUUUUUCACCUGCAGCUCUGGAUACACAUUCCAUUUCCAUUGAAAUUGUCGUUUCUUAAGAUGUCCUUAAGGAAUGGAUCUCUU